AUGGGAGCGAAGGAUAUCGACAUGGAAGAAGGGACUCUAGAGAUCGGCAUGGAGUAUAGAACUGUUUCUGGCGUUGCUGGACCAUUAGUGAUUCUUGACAAAGUGAAGGGUCCAAAGUAUCAGGAGAUUGUUAAUAUUCGUUUAGGUGAUGGAUCGACGAGACGUGGUCAGGUUUUGGAAGUCGAUGGGGAGAAAGCUGUUGUUCAGGUUUUUGAAGGAACUUCUGGAAUUGACAAUAAGUUUACCACUGUUCAAUUCACAGGAGAGGUUUUGAAAACACCUGUAUCCUUGGACAUGCUUGGGCGCAUUUUUAAUGGUUCUGGAAAGCCCAUUGAUAAUGGCCCUCCUAUUUUGCCUGAGGCAUACCUUGAUAUUUCAGGAAGUUCAAUCAACCCCAGUGAAAGAACCUAUCCAGAGGAGAUGAUACAGACAGGGAUCUCUACAAUCGAUGUCAUGAACUCCAUUGCUCGUGGACAGAAGAUUCCUCUUUUCUCUGCUGCUGGUCUUCCUCAUAAUGAAAUUGCUGCUCAGAUUUGUCGUCAAGCUGGUCUUGUCAAGCGUUUGGAAAAGACUGUUGACCUACUGGAGGAUCAUGGAGAGGACAAUUUUGCGAUUGUGUUUGCAGCUAUGGGUGUGAACAUGGAGACAGCUCAGUUCUUCAAGCGAGAUUUUGAAGAAAAUGGAUCAAUGGAGAGAGUUACCCUUUUCUUGAAUUUGGCCAAUGAUCCGACCAUUGAGAGAAUCAUCACUCCUCGAAUUGCCCUCACAACAGCAGAAUACCUGGCUUAUGAAUGUGGGAAACACGUCCUUGUUAUAUUAACUGAUAUGAGUUCUUAUGCUGAUGCUCUUCGUGAGGUUUCCGCUGCUCGAGAAGAAGUACCUGGAAGACGUGGAUAUCCAGGUUAUAUGUACACUGAUCUUGCAACUAUAUAUGAACGAGCUGGGCGUAUCGAAGGAAGAAAAGGUUCCAUCACCCAAAUCCCAAUCCUCACUAUGCCUAAUGACGACAUCACACAUCCAACUCCGGAUCUUACUGGUUACAUCACGGAAGGUCAGAUAUAUAUCGAUAGGCAACUUCACAACAGACAGAUAUAUCCACCCAUCAAUGUGCUUCCAUCACUUUCUCGUCUAAUGAAGAGUGCUAUUGGUGAGGGCAUGACUCGGAAAGACCAUUCUGACGUGUCGAACCAGCUAUAUGCAAACUAUGCAAUCGGGAAAGAUGUGCAAGCCAUGAAAGCUGUGGUUGGAGAAGAAGCACUUUCGUCAGAGGAUCUGCUUUACCUAGAGUUUCUGGAUAAGUUUGAGAGGAAGUUUGUGAUGCAAGGAGCUUAUGACACACGUAACAUAUUCCAGUCACUGGACUUAGCUUGGACAUUACUCCGUAUCUUCCCACGAGAGCUUCUUCACCGUAUCCCUGCAAAGACACUUGACCAAUUCUACAGCCGUGACUCAACAACGACCUAA